GAGCCGGGAGCCCCCAGCGCUGCCGCCGCCGCCACCGCCCGCGGCUCCCGCUGCCUGCCCGGUCCGGUCCGGUGCGGCCCGCUGGAGCGACCUGAAGCUCGGUUAACCUGCAGGCCCGUGGCUCGGUACCGGACGGGGGCGACGGAGUGGGCGAGAGCGCGCUCGCCGCCGCCCCCGCGCCGCCCUGAUGUCGGCGCCGCUGAAGAAGGGCCCCGGGGGGCUGAUCGGGCUGAUGAAGGACGCGUUCCAACCCCACCACCAUCACCUCGGCCCCCACCAGCCCGGCACCGUGGAUAAGAAGAUGGUGGAGAAGUGCUGGAAGCUCAUGGACAAGGUGGUACGUUUGUGUCAGAACCCAAAACUGGCUUUGAAGAACAGCCCUCCCUACAUCCUGGAUCUGCUACCUGAUACCUACCAGCACCUGAGGACCAUCCUGUCGCGCUACGAAGGGAAGAUGGAGACCUUGGGAGAGAACGAGUAUUUCCGUGUGUUCAUGGAGAACCUGAUGAAGAAAACCAAGCAGACCAUCAGCCUUUUCAAGGAGGGAAAGGAACGGAUGUAUGAGGAGAACUCUCAGCCUAGGCGUAACCUGACAAAGUUAUCCCUGAUAUUCAGCCACAUGCUGGCAGAACUCAAAGGUAUUUUCCCAAGUGGCCUCUUCCAGGGAGAUACAUUCCGGAUCACCAAGGCAGAUGCUGCAGAGUUUUGGAGAAAGGCUUUUGGUGAAAAGACUAUUGUUCCCUGGAAAAGCUUCCGUCAGGCCCUGCAUGAAGUGCAUCCCAUCAGCUCAGGGCUGGAAGCCAUGGCUCUGAAAUCAACGAUUGACUUGACUUGCAAUGACUACAUUUCAGUGUUUGAAUUUGAUAUCUUCACACGACUUUUCCAGCCAUGGUCCUCUUUGCUCAGGAACUGGAAUAGCCUAGCAGUGACUCACCCUGGUUAUAUGGCAUUCCUGACCUAUGAUGAGGUGAAAGCCAGGCUUCAGAAGUUCAUUCACAAACCUGGCAGUUACAUUUUCCGACUGAGCUGCACACGACUGGGUCAGUGGGCCAUUGGCUAUGUCACUGCAGAUGGGAACAUUCUUCAGACAAUCCCCCACAACAAACCUCUUUUUCAAGCACUGAUUGAUGGCUUCAGGGAAGGCUUUUAUUUAUUUCCUGAUGGCCGGAAUCAGAAUCCUGACUUGACUGGCUUGUGUGAGCCCACACCUCAGGACCACAUUAAAGUUACACAGGAACAAUAUGAACUCUACUGUGAGAUGGGCUCCACCUUUCAGCUGUGCAAAAUCUGUGCUGAAAAUGACAAGGAUGUGAAGAUUGAACCAUGUGGCCAUCUGAUGUGCACGUCCUGUCUCACUGCAUGGCAGGAAUCAGAAGGCCAGGGGUGUCCUUUUUGCCGCUGUGAAAUCAAAGGCACAGAGCCAAUUGUAGUUGACCCCUUUGACCCCAGAGGAGGAGGAGGAUUACCAAGGCAAGGGGCAGAAGGAACUCCCUCACCCAAUUAUGAUGAUGAUGACGAUGACAGAGCUGAUGACUCCCUCUUCAUGAUGAAAGAACUCGCUGGUGCCAAAGUUGAACGUCCUCCUUCCCCAUUCUCAGUAGCUCCCCAAGCCACCCUUCCCCCUGUGCCACCACGACUGGACCUGCUGCAGCAGCGAGUGGCCAAUCCUCCUGGAGCUUCCAGUCCUGGCACCACUUCAAAGGCUGCACCUGGCACUCUUCACAAGGAUAAACCUUUGCCGAUCCCACCCACGCUCCGGGAUCUCCCACCACCCCCUCCUCCAGACAGACCACAUUCCAUUGGGACUGAAGGGAGACCCCAGAGACGUCCCCUGCCCUGCACUCCAGGAGAUUGUCCUGCCAGAGAAAAGCCACCCCCAGUGCCCUCCACCCGUCAGGGGGAUCCGUGGCCAUCCAGACCCAUUCCUAAAGCCCCAUCUGCAGCUGUCAGCCCUGCCGACCCUUGGGCUGGGAGGGAGCUGUCAAACAGGCACUCUCUGCCCUUUUCCUUGCCCUCCCAGAUGGACUCCAGGGCUGACAGCCAUCGGCUUGGGAGCACCCUCAGCCUGGACAACCCAGUGAGCUUGAACAGUGUCCAACAACAACCUCAGAGUGUGAACACCCCAAAAUUAAACCCUCCUCAUCUGCCAAUGCCAUCUACUCCUUAGCUGCCAGACCUCUUGCCUGUACCUAAAACUGCCUACUGGGGAACAGUCUGAAAGUGAUGAAGGACACUGAAUACAUGUCACCAUCCCUCUCUGCCUGUGGUGCCUCCAGGUCCUGCUGUACAAAAACCA